GAGAGAGAGACACGGGCUGUUUCCAGGGUUACAUCCAGUCCAGGACUCUUUUUUUUUUUUUUUUGUGUCCCCUCCCUGUCCAUUUGAAUACCUUCAUUUUCAUGUGAAUAGAAUUGACCUCUUUGGGUUGUCCUGGCUGCUUUAAAGCUCACAUCAUUUUUGCACAUUUCAAUCAUACUGUAGCAUUAUUAAACUCAAGAUGUCAUCAGAGGGAAGGCCGGUGUCUCUGAGAGGUCUGUCCAUGGACACCUGGAUGUCCGGUCUGCCGCCUGGACUCUGGGACAUCCCUCUAUGGAAUCUGGCCAUUCCAGGAAGUCAUAAUACUAUCACUUACUGUUUGGACACGAAUAACCGCUCUCCCAUUGACCUCAAGCAGCCCGAUAUGCUCCAGAAGCUAGACAAGUACAUGAAGCCCCUCAUACGGCCGUUCGUUUACAAGUGGGCGGUUACACAGGAGUGCAGCGUGCGGGAACAGUUGGACUGCGGUGUAAGAUACUGCGAUCUCAGGAUAGCGCAUCGGCCCAACGACAGCUCCUCCGAUCUCUACUUCUACCACGGAGUCUACACCACUAUUACAGUAGAGACCAUACUGAAGGAGAUCAGGACGUGGCUGGACAGUCAUCCUAAAGAGAUAGUCAUCCUGUCCUUCAGUCAUUUCCAGGGCCUGAGUCAAGAGCUCCACACACUCCUCAUUUCCACCAUAAAGAGUGUGUUCAACUCAAAGCUGUGUCCUAAAACGGAUGCGGUCACACUGAGGAGUCUGUGGAGUGCCGGCUACCAGGCAGUUGUCUCGUACGAGCACAACCUCGCUAACUGCCACACAGAGCUGUGGUCUCAUAUACCGUACUGGUGGGCUAACAAAUGUAAAGCUGAAGCACUGAUCGAGGAGUUUGAACGCAGGAAGCAACAUGGCCGUCCAGAAUGCUUUUUUGUGACGGGGAUCAAUCUGACCGAGGACCUGAAGUACAUCUGUUCUCAUCCCACGGAGUCGCUCAAGGACAUGGUCAUGGCGGCGUAUCCGAUGCUGCUGGGCUGGGUUCGGGAGCAGAAACCCGGAUCCUACGCCGACUCGCUGAAUAUCAUUGCUGCCGAUUUUGUGAUAGAGAGCGGGUUCAUACCGACUGUCGUAGCACUGAAUGAAAAACUGCUGAGUGCAAGCACAUGAUGAUGAUGGUUUUGCACAAUUUUUGGCUCAAAGCACAAAAUAUUUUAUGUUUAUGCUAUAAUGUAACCAUUGCUGGGACUUUUAUCUUUUAAAGAAAUUUUUCAUUUACGGGUAGGAAAAUAAUGCUAUGCACUAAUCAUUAUGACCUGAAUUGAUUUGUUAUUAAUUACUCGUAUGACUGAUGCGCUGUCUAAACAUUUUUACCUCUCACCCUGGCAAUAAUUUGUAGUGGAUAUCAAAAGCACAUGCACAGAAUAGGAUUCCUGUAAAUGGAUUAACCUGUAGUGUUGCUUGUUACUGAUGUGCGAUCCUCAAGGCUCAGUACUGGGUACAUUUAAAAUGAUAAUGUUUUACUUGGAAAAGUAAUUUUAGAUUAUGGGUAAAGACAAUCUGAAAUCAAAACUGGUGAACAGGUGGAUCACAAUUUUUUUUAGUACUUAUGAAACAAAAUGUUUUGCUGUAUUGUGAUUUAAUAUAUUUUUUUUUUUUGCACAAAAAACAUUUUCACCUUAUUGUUAAGGAAAAAAAUCCAUG